AUGGCAGAUUAUCACCAUCUCGCUACUUCAAGUCGUGAUAUUGACAGAAGAAGUUACUCAAUAGAAAAAGAACAGAGAAAACGAUUGGAAGAUGAUCACAUCUCUCAUAUUGCAGACCCAUUUGGGGAUGAGGAACUUGCCCAAGUCAAGUAUCGGACAUUACAAUGGUGGCAAUGCGGCAUGAUCAUGAUCGCAGAAACCAUCUCCCUUGGUAUUUUGUCCCUUCCAUCGGCUAUGGCAGUCAUAGGCCUUGUCCCCGCACUCAUUCUCAUUGUCGGACUUGGUAUACUCUCAACCUAUACUGGAUAUGUGAUCGGCCAAUUCAAACUCCGAUACCCGCAAGUACAUAGUAUGGGAGAUGCUGGGGAGGUGAUGUUCCAUCCCAUGGGCCUAGCUCGUUUUGGUAGGGAGUUUUUGGGCACGGCUCAGCUGCUUUUCCUUAUCUUCGUCAUGGGUAGUCAUAUAUUGACCUUUAGUGUCAUGAUGGAUACAAUCACAGAUCAUGGGACUUGCUCAAUUGUAUUUGGGAUCGUUGGCCUGAUCGUCUCGUUUAUAUUUGCCGUGCCUCGAACUCUUCGCAAGGUCUCCUGGUUCUCGUUUGCUUCCUUCGCAAGUAUCCUCGGCGCACUCUUGAUUACUAUAAUUGCCAUUACUAUCCAGCGCCCGGGUGAUGGCAAGAUAGAUGUGACUACAACAGUCAGUCUUUCAAAGGGCUUUCUAGCGGUCACAAAUAUCGUAUUUGCUUAUGCUGGCCAUGUGGCUUUCUUCGGCUUUAUUUCCGAGAUGGAGACUCCGACGGACUAUCCCAAAACGCUAUACCUACUUCAGAUGACCGAUACAAGUAUGUAUGUGAUAGCCGCUGUUGUUAUAUACAUCUACGGUGGGAAAGACGUGGCUUCACCCGCUCUAAGUUCGACAAAGCCGAUAACAGCAAAGCUUGCAUAUGGAAUUGCUAUUCCUACGAUUGUCGUGUCUGGUGUCAUCAACGGGCAUGUUGCGGCAAAAUAUAUCUAUGUCCGCCUUUUCCGGGGCACUGAUCACAUGAAGAAGCGCACAUUCUUCUCCAUCGGAUCCUGGAUUGGGAUCACUUUUGUGUUGUGGGUGAUAGCCUGGAUUAUUUCCGAGGCAAUCCCUGUGUUCAAUACUUUACUCAGUCUGAUCUUGGUUUACCUAUGGCCUGAGCGGUAUAUUCUGGUUGUUCCUGAACCGAGGCCAUCGCGAUUGGUGCUUGCUUGUGUGGCAUGGGUCUCUGGGUGUCUGGAGAUGCCGAAGAAUUUCCCGCCAUGGAGGAAGUGGGUGAUUACCAUAAUGCUAGCACUCAUGACAAUCUGUGUUACCUUCGGCUCGUCAGUCUUCAGCACAGCAACAAAACAAACAGCGAGAAAGUUCGGUGUCUCCCAAGACGUAAUGGUGUUAGGUGUCAGUUUGUUUGUGCUUGGCUUCGCCUUUGGCCCUAUUAUGUUCGGCCCCCUGUCUGAGCUGUACGGUCGGAAGCGUCCGCUGUUUCUGGGAAUGUUUGUCUUUGCAAUCUUCCAAAUCCCCGUCGCCGUAGCCCAGAACUUGCAGACUAUCUUCAUAUGUCGCUUUCUAGGGGGACUAUUUGCGAGUGCACCGCUUGCCAUUGUAUCCGGUAUCUUGGCCGAUAUGUUCGAGCCGGUAGAGAGGGGCAUUGCAAUGUCGAUCUUCGCCGCGGCAACCUUCAUCGGCCCGGUAGCAGGACCAAUCGUCGGCGGGUUCGUAACAAUAUCCUACCUGGGCUGGCGUUGGACUGAGUAUAUUACAGCUAUUUGGGCGUUUUCUAUGGCGGGAAUCGGGGUCCUAGUAAUCCCCGAGACCUUCGAGGGGACAUUACUCAAGCAACGCGCUAGACGACUGCGCACCAAAACCAAGAACUGGGCACUCCAUGCAAAGGCAGAAGAGAAGGUAGAACCGAUUCUUCUGCUUAUUACUGUUUACAUCGGCUUCAUCUAUGGGUUUCUGUAUCUAUGUUUCGUGGCCUAUCCGAUCACCUUCCAAGAACAGCGUGGCUGGAAUGAUGGCGUUGGGGCAUUACCGUUCGUCGCUGUCAUCUGUGGUAUCGUUAUCCCCAACGGAGAAUCCCGGCAAUUUCACAAAUACUGA